GUGGUUCAAGACCAGUUUUCUCCCUAUUAUCUACCUACGGGAUGCUGGCGCGUGCACUUCGAUCGUCUGCGCUGUCGUGUGCCGCGAGCCGCCGCUUUAUCGGUGGAUUCGCUGUCGAUGCGUCUGUACCCACCGUGUUUGAAAAAGUGGUGAACGUGGUGCUCGUUGACUUCGAAGGCAAUCGCCACGUGGUCAAGGGCCGCGCCGGCCAGACGCUGCGUCAGGCCUGUGAGAUGAACAACGUGGGCUAUAUCAAGGACGACUCGAUGGGCGGUGGGGGGGUGUACGAUGCUCGACGCGCCGACUUCUACACCGAGUCACUUUUUGGCGAGGGCUCAACGUCCCCGCAGUCGCACGUUGUGGUGUCCAACGAGUGGAUUUUCAAACUUCCGCCUGCCAAUAACCAGGAGCGCCACAUCAUUGAUACGUACGUUCCAGCCGAGGACCGCUCUGCCAACUCGCGUCUAGGCACGGAGAUUGUGCUGCAGAAGGAACUGGACGGACUUGUUGUGGCCGUUCCCGAGACGCCGCCCGUUGAGGAAUACGAGUACGAACAUGAGUACGAUGAGGACGAUUACGAGUCGUACGACGACGAGCACCAGCAAGCCUAAGCCGAGGCAAACGGAGGACACCGAAGCGAGCGAGUUGAAGGCCCCGCCAUUACUAACAAGACAAAAAGAAUGCAAACACAUCAUUUUCGACUCGA